AUGCCGUUCAUGCGGUUCGACUGGGCGGAGCGCGAGCCCGUGCGGCUGAGGCGGCUGACGUGGACGCCGUGGCUGUUCGGGGCAGUGUUCGCCGCAGUGUCGCUGCUGCCCCUGGCAGUGCGGGCGGCGAUCAUCGGCCGCAUGACGAAGCGGGCGAUGUCUGCGCGGAGCGUCGAGGUGACGGCGCGGAAUAUUACGUGGGACCAGGGCAUGAACAGCGCCGUUCUCGGCCGCUCAGAGUUCGUCGGACUCGACAAGGAGCCCGACUGGGCGAUGCUGCAGCGGUGGGGGCGCGAGGGGCGCCUGACCUCGUUCUUCGCGCCGGAGGACCCGUGGGCGCCGGCACGGUUCGAGCGCGACAUGCUGCGCCUCGCCCCCGCUGUCAGGUGCAAGCUCCUCGCCGAUCAGGUGCACGGCUUCUGCGUAGUCGACGCGAUGGCGUCCAAAGUGGCCGCGGAGACUGCGGCGGUGGUGCGCGAACACGUCGGGGGGUUCGGGCCCGAGGGGGACACCGCGGCGCCGUACGAGACCGAGGUGGGGCCGGGGCGCGACAAGCCGGGCGUGGUGCAUCCAGGGGAGAUGGAAUUCUUCUGA